CUCACGCUUCCUUUUACCUCUUACAGCUGCCUGUGUUAUUAAAAUGUUUCAUCACGCUUUCACUAAGAAGACCUUCGUACAUGGCAUCAGCCAGUAUUUGCGCAAAUAUCAGUUUACUGUGGCCAAUGAGUUGGACCUCUUCGAUGCCUUACAAUCUGCCAUUGCAGAAGAUGCCGCAAUGAAUCAGCUGCCUUGGAUUCAGCAAGAUUCUAUACGCAGUAUUAUGCUCUCCUGGACGCACAGUGAGUGGAUUCCGAUUGUGAGCGUUUCGCGCGACUAUGAACGGAAUACCAUCACCAUAAAACAACGUUCGAAGGACCAGAAAUCUCGCGAACACUGGUGGAUACCAUUGAAUUUUGCCAGUGCAUCUGCGCCGGACUUUGAGCGUACAAGCGUCGACUACUUCAUGCCGCCCGUGACUGAAGUGACACUAAAUGCCAGCGAGUUGGGCAUCGAACUGCGACCUGACGAUUGGCUUAUCGUCAACAAACAACAGACGGGCUUCUAUCAUGUACUCUACAAUGAUGCCAACCUCUGGCUCAUAGCCAAGCAAUUGCACGACAACCACACGCACAUACAUCCACUCAAUCGCGCUGCUAUUUUCCAAGAUCUGGGCCCACUUAUUGAGAACAACGAAAUACAGUCGGUGGAUGUGAUAUUCGAAUUACUACAAUAUCUGCAGUACGAGGAGAAUCUUAUACCGUGGAAUCAGGUGGCCGACACAAUCGUUUUUCUAGGCAAGAAUCUCUUUGGUACUCUCUCGCACAAAAUGUACAACCAUUUUGUGCGCCAGCUCAUCAGGUCAAUGUUCAUACGCCUAUUCGAAAUGCCGCUGCAUGAAAACCUCACCAACACCGACUUGCUGGCGAGACAAAAGAUCAUGGAAAUGGCUUGCUUGGUCGAUCUGAAAGAAUGUCUGGACUACACGCAUAAUCAAGCACACGAGUACAUAUUCGGUAAUGUGAAAUUCGGCAAUGACAUGAGCUAUUAUGCCAUGUAUGAGACCAUACUCUGCUUGGGUGUGAAAUAUCUCAGCGACAUGGAGUUCAAUGCCAUUUUGGAUUUGUUCGCCAAGACCGAACGUGACACACUGUGGUACGAUGAUCUUAUUUAUUCCUUGCGUUGCACACAGAGUCAGUCGCAUCUACGACAAUAUCUCAAUCUCAUGCUGGGGGGGAAUUCUACCAAAAGCAUUAUGAAUGACAGCGAAUCCAUGAUGUAUCUCUUCUACUUGUUCAAAAGUAAUAUAGCCGCACGACCAGUAAUGUGGGAGUUUUUCGAGAGCAAUUACCGUGUGCUCUGCCGUUCGCAAAUGUUCGUCGAGAAUUUUAAUCGCAUAGCCGAAUAUAUGACGCGAGUACAUCGUGAACAGUUCCUCGAUUUACGCAAUAAAAUUGUCACUGAGCUACAGAAGGUCGGCCGCGAAAAGAGUGUCAUCGCUGCUGAUUCGCCACGCAUUGGAAAGAAGGUGAAAAUCAGUGAGAUCUUCCUUGAAAAAUUCAGCAAUCAAACUUACGAAUGGUUUAAACGACGCCAACAAUCCACACACGCCGCCUCAUUGGGCGCCCGCAGCAGUGCCACACAAAUUGGGCACAUGUUUCGUGCGGCGGGGAAAUUCUUACGCAAAGUGAUUAUGAAAAAGGGGAGAUGAGUUUGUUAUUACACGUUUAACUUCUUUUAUAAAGAAAUGAUUAUUACUUAAUUAAAAUUAAAUUUAAACAGA